AUGCCAGUCACAUCUCGCUGUCACCGUCCAUUCCAUCGACGACGCCCAUGUCCCUCGACGUCCCCAGCGAUGCUCGCCAUUGAAGAGACGCAGCGGCUGAGCGCAUUAGCCUAUCGUCGCACUGAUUUAUUGCAAGAGUGUGACCCGAGAUACGAUCGCAGCUCUUUGCUCUCCCUCGUGGGCCGCCGAUCCGGCAUGGCGUCCCGGGGCCCAAAUGCACCGGCUGAUCCCGCGGCUGUCCCCAUCUGGAAAUCAGUAUGCCGCCCUUUACUAACAACGUAUGCUCUUCAAUUCCCAUCUACGCCCGUCUGUAUCACUGGCCGUAUCAUUCCAUUGGUAUCAUCAUCCGCCAUUCCUUGCCACAUCGAGCCACUCAUGAACGGCGAGAAAAUCACUGCGCCUUAUCAGCGUCACGUCUCUCCCAGCACGUCCCCUGCCAAUUUCGCACCCCACCGCGAGUACCGCACCGCGUCCAGUCACGAUUCCCAGGAACUGAUCUCAGUCAAACCUGCCCUCUCCGAGUCGGCCAGUUAG